UGCUCUAGUAAGGGAAAUAUUUUUAAAUUUGAACGAUCGAUGAUGUGACAAGCAUUUUAUCCGGUUUGCAGAAUCUGUUUAAGGAAAUGGAAGAAAAAUGGAGGACGACAUCACAUAAAACGCCGACAAAUUUGUUGGAAGCCUUUGUCCAAAAUUGCGGCAUGGAUCCAAAACUUUUUAAUUGUGAAUUUCCAGAUAACAUUUCAAGACGUGCUUUUCUCCAGCACGGACACGUCCAACAGUUUCAUGGAGAUUGUCAUUCUAAAUCUCAUAGUUUAUCCUGAAAUGCAGGAAAAAAUUUAUCAAGAAAUUCUAAAAGUUUCACCGGAUAGGAAAGACCUCAGUUUUUCAGAUAGAAAAAAGAUGCCGUACAUCCAAGCCUUCUUCUUAGAGUCGCAUCGAAAAGGUCGACUCCUCCAGAAUAUGCUGCCUCGUCGCGCUUUGUGGGAUUUUUCUUAUAAGAACUACAUUAUUAAAAAGGACACCAUUAUCAUGGUAGACACGCGGCUCUACAAUGAGAGCGAGGAAAAUUGGACAGAUCCAGAUGCAUUCAGACCGGAACGUUUUCUUAACGAGGAUGGACAAGUUGUGAAUGCAGGGAGCAUUAUCUCUUUUUCCUUUGGGAAGAGGAACUGUCCUGGAGAACUACAUGCGAACAUUGUUGCAUUUUUGUUGGUCACCUCACUCCUCCAACGGUACAAAUUGAGCGUUCCGAAAGGUCAAGAAAUGCCCAGAUUGGAUUUGAGGACUGGAUUCACUUUAAAACCGUAUCCGUUCCAGGCGACAUUUACGAGGCGGCCGUGAUCAUCAAUUAAGCCCUCUUCACACCAAGAUUUGGAUGCAACACGAAACUUGUGGCAUGGGUGUCAGUGGCAGAAAAAUUGUGAAUUGUUCACACGGCUGAAUUUUCUGGCACUGGUAAAUGUGCAUUUUCUGGGAGACUAAAUACUGCUGAGAGAAGCGGAAAAUAUGAAUCUAUGUUUACAAAUCCGUUAUUGCAGAAAUUUGUAGGUUCUCUACUUUUCUAAAACCAAUUUAAUUUUAACUUCAACCAGAUUAAUCCAAAUAGUGAGGGAUAUUCGUAAUACAAAUAAUGAAAUAUUAAACUGUUUACAAGAAUUCUUCUUGGCGAAAAUCAAGUUUAGAGAAUCAAAAAAUAAUUAAAAUAAUUUCAAAUCGCGCGGAGUGCAAGCUGAGACUGGCUAAACCAAUCAGCACACUCCAUUUUUUCUGCUGCAGCUCUGUCAAUUCAUUUUUCUAUUUUUUCCACCAUAAGCUCAAAUGUCGGGGCAACCUGAGACAUUUGGCGCUAUAUGUGGAACAUAUAGUAUGUUGUCAGGCACUCUUAUGGGAAAUGUCGGGGGCUCGUACAAAACAACGGU